AGUGUCCCCCGCGUGGCGGUAACGGUUCCCGCGGCAGGGCACCCCAGCCUCCGCGGGCGACCUCCUGGCCUCACUGUCCCCCCUGAAAUGAACUCCGAGGGCGAGAACAGCUCCUUCCUGCCGCCCGGUCCCUGGGCUAGGUCCACAGGCAGCCUGGGACCCGAAGCGCAGGCCGGAGCCCCGGAAGCGCCCCAGCUCGCCGGACACAAAGGACAGCUCCAGAUGAUCUUGCAGGAGCUGAGUCCUGGCGCUUUGGGGGUGAAUGUGGUGGUGGAAGAAACGAAAACCAAAGUCAAGCAUGUGAUAAAACAGGUGCAGUGCAUUGACCAUCAUCAUGCCAGCCAGGCCCUGGAGGAGCUAAGGCCGCUGCUGCAGCUCCAGCACCCCUACAUCUCCACGUACGAGGAGGUCUUCCAGAUGUGGGACAGUGAGGCCUCCUCCAUGUUCCUCUGCCUGGUCAUGGAGUACAGCCCAGAAAGCUUCCAGGACGUCAUUGAGGCGAAGAGGAAGGAGAAAGCCACCAUUGACUCUGAGUGGCUGCGGAGCAUGCUGGUCCAGGUGCUGGACGCACUGGAGUACCUGCACCGCCUGGACAUCCUGCACAGGAACCUCAAGCCCUCAAACAUCGCCCUGGUCAGCCAGAACCACUGCAAGCUGCAGGACCUGGGCUGCCACACGCUGAUGACCCACCGAGCCAAGUGGAACAUUCGCUCGGAGGAAGACCCCUGUAAAAAGUCCUGGAUGGCCCCAGAAGCCCUCAGCUUCUCCUUCAGCCAGAAGUCAGACAUCUGGUCCCUGGGCUGCAUCAUCCUUGACUUAGCCAGCUGCUCCUUCCUGAAUGGAACGGAAGCCAUGUACCUGCGGAAGUCGCUGCACCAGCAGCCAGAUGGCCUGCGGGCCAUACUGGAAACCAUCGAGGAGAGGCAGGUCCCACUGGCAGACACCUUCUCCCUCCUGCUGCCUGCGAUGCUGCAGAUCAACCCCUCGGACCGGAUAACGAUCACGGAUGUGAUCCGCAUCUCCUUUGGGAGGAUCUCGCUCAAGUCUUCGACCCUGCAUGGGCCGGUGAUACCCGAGGCCGUCACCAACGUGCUGCUGGAAGGCAACAUGGCCAGCAUUCUAGAGCUCAUGCAGACGUUCUCCAGCCACCCUGAGGUCCAGCUCAGAGCCAUGAAGAAGCUCAUGACCAUGCCCGAGGACCAGCUUGGGCUGCCAUGGCCCCCGGAGCUGGUGGAGGUGGUGGUCACCACCAUGAAGCAGCAUGAGAGGAACCUGGACGUGCAGCUGUGUGCCUGCACCCUGCUGCUGCGCACCCUGGGCCAAGCGCUGGUGCAGGGCACAGAUGCCAAGGUGUCCUGGGACAGCUCCUUCAGCUCCGUGCUGCUGGGCACCUUGCGCACCCACUCUGACUCGACGCAGCUCAUCAUCAAGGCCUACAGCCUGCUCACCAUCAUCUCCAGCCACGAGUCGGUGUCCCAGGAGCUGCAGAAGGCCGGGCUGUGCGUGCUGCUCCUGCAGCAUCUGAACAGCUUCCUCCAGGACCGGGACGUCUGCCUUAGCGGCCUGGGCCUGCUCUGGGUGCUCCUGGUGGAUGCCGUCAUCAUGAACAGAGAGCUCUUGGAAAAAUUCCCGGCCCUGGUCGCCCAGGUGCUGGCCACACACCCUGCUGAUGUGGACAUGGCUGAGGCUGGCUGUGCAGUGCUCUGGCUGCUGUCCUUACUGGGCUGCAUCAGGGAGGAGCAGCUGGAAGAGGUGGUGGUGCUGUUCCUGCGAAACAUCUGGCCGAACCAGGGCAGGGUCCAGCUGGUGAAUAAUGCCUACCGGGGCCUGGCCAGCCUCGCCAAGGUGUCUGAGCUGGCGGCCUUCCGGGUGGUGGCACUGGAGGAGGGCGGCAGUGGCCUCAGCCUGCUGCAGGAGACCUACCAGCUCUACAGAGACGACUCCGAGGUGGUGGAGAACCUGUGCAUGCUGCUGGCCCACCUCGCCUCCUACAAGGACAUCCUGCCAGAGCUGGAGUACAGUGGCAUCAGGACACUGGCCCAGGACAUCCAGGACCGCUUCCCCUCCAGUCUGAAGCUGGUUUCUUACGCAAAAGAAGUGCUCCUGAGCCUGGAUACAGCGGCAGCCCCCAGCCCCGGGGACAGGGAGCUGCCUGGUGCAGCCUGUGACCUCUCGGGGGGCCUCCCGGCCCCACCCUGAGAAGUGGGGAUGGGAGAAGGGUCCCUGUUGCCCUGAGUGCUUAAUAAAGCCCGGGACUGGCUGCCUAUGCUCGAGUCCUGGCAGGGGCGACUGUGACUGGCCGUGAGGUAGCUGGUACCCUCCACAGUCCUGCCCGGUGGGCUCCGGAAGCGCCUGAACACGUAGAAGCCACAACUCCACAGUGCA